ACAACUACACAUAACCCAUAACCUAACUUUUCGUGACGUUUAACAGUACGUUCUGUUUAUUAUCUUCGUGUUUACAAUUUCGUACCAAAUUCACAAUAAUUAUCGUGUUUUGUGAAAAUGGUGUGCGAAAAAUGCCAAAAGAAGUUGGGCAAAGUGAUAACACCAGAUCCUUGGAAAAGUGGGGCUAGAAAUACAACUGAGUCAGGGGGUAGGAAAGUUAACGAAAACAAGGCUUUAACAGCUAGCAAAAACAGAUUUAAUCCAUACACGUCCAGUUUUGAGACUUGCAGAAUAUGUAGGCAAAAGGUGCACCAGGUUGGGUCACAUUAUUGCCAGUCCUGUGCUUAUAAAAAAGGAAUUUGUGCGAUGUGUGGUAAGAAAUUGUUGAGUACGAAGAAUUACAAACAAUCGUCAACUUGAACUACAUUUUGUGUGUUACUUUUAAACAAAAUUAAGCCUAUUCUAAGUUUUAGAGCAAUUUGCAUUGUUUUGUAGGUACUGUUAGGUUUUCUGUCUGUAUACAGUGAGUGUACGACAAUUUAAUUAUCUUGAAUGAUAAGGUGUGUAAUUAUAUUUAAUAACUUAUGACAAAAGUU